AUGAUCAGAUAUGCUACUCGUUUAGUGCGACAAUUCUCUACUAAAAUUGUAUAAAAUUAAUAUAAACCCUAGGAUGAAAUUCUUGAAAUCGGUUAAAUGUCACAGACAAAAGGAACAUUAACAAUCUGUCCAAUCCCAAUAGGAAACAUGUCAGAUUGGAGUUCAAGAUAAAACCUAGCCUUAUUUGGAGUAGAUGUAAUUGCCUGUUAAGAUAUUAAUUCAACUGGAUUUUUCAUCAAAAACAUAAGGAUUAAAGAUGGAAACAUUCAAUAAGUGAUUGUUCCUGAAGAUGCUAAGGAAUGCGAUUUGGAUGAAGAUGACAUCCAAAUUCAGGAUAUAAUAUUUAAAUCAACCAACCAGUUGAAAGAGAAAUUGCCAGAAUUAAAUAAGGAAUUUAUAACAUCAACAGAUUUUAAGUUUUAUAAGUAGAAGAAACUAGAAGAAAUCAAAGAAUAACAAGGGAGAGAAUCUUAGAAGUAAAAGGACUUACCGGAAGACGAGGAAAUAAACCCAUCUGAAUUUGAAGUAUAUGGUUUGAGUGCACCUUUGAUGAUGUAUUUAAGAAAUAAAGUAGCAUAAGCUAAGAAAUAAAAAGGAAGAGGGUUAAUAAUUGGUUGCACUAACUUUAAUGAUGACAAAAAAAUCGAUAGAUUAAUUGCUAUGAUGAAAAUGGGAUUGAAUGUAGCCUUAGUAGUUAAUAGUGGAACUCCAGCAAUAUCGGAUAAUGGAUACAAAUUCGUUAAUAAGUGUAUAGAGAGGAAUGUCCAAAUUGAAGUAUUACCAGGAGCAAGUGCUAUCUCAGUGGCUUUGAGUACUUGUGGAUUUCCUGCUGAUAAUUUCACCUUCUUAGGAGUCUUUUCACUUUAAGAUAACAAUAAGGACAUCUUAUCGUUGUAUAAGAAACAACCAUAAACAAUAGUGUUGUUUGAAUCUCCAAAUAGAAUUCAUUAAACUAUCUUGAAAAUUGAAGAGAUUUUUGGGGAAAAUCAGUAAGUUUGGGUUGGGUUUGAUUUAACAAAGUAGAAUGAAAAGAAAAUAAGAGGAAGGUGUAGAGAGAUAUACGAAUAAUUGACAGAUCCUUAAAUUGUCACUCCUGCUUAAUUGAAGGGGGAAAUUACUAUAAUUAUUAGUCCUUACACUGUUUAGUUUAAUGAGGAUUUGAGAGCUUAAUAAAUCUUGUAGGAGGACAAAAAUGUUGGGUUUACAGAAUCAAAGAAGGAUGGAUAGGAAUAGAAAUUGAUAAAAAAAGUGGAGUAUCUACAUUUAGCAAGGGUAUUUGGGGAUAAAUUUAUGGAUAAUGAUGAUGAUUUGAAUGAAAUUCUAUAGAAGGCAUUGAUGAUAUCUAAGUAGAGGGCAAGUUAAUUGGUUAAACAGAUUAGAGAGUAGUAGAAAAAUGAGGAGAACAUCAGUAAGAUAAGGGAGAGUUUGGGAGUUGAAAAUAGAUUUCAGAAAUGA